AUGGCAUCUGGGCAGCGAGUUUUGUCUUCAUACUUCUCACAAUCCAAGAAAACACCGUCGGUUACGCCCAAGGCCUCUAGCUCUGGUUUAUCUACCGGAAAGCCCAUUGACUUAACUCUGAGCGACUCCGAACCUGAAACCCAGGAGCCGCCAUCAAAGAAAGCUCGUGUUCGGAAUGAAGAAUCCACCCAGGAUGCUCUUGCUUCUUCUUCUUCUUCGCCUCCUCCUGCGGACUCUUUGUUUUCUUCGACUAUGAGCGAGAAAUGGAGUUUCACGCCCAUCACCGGUGGACUAUCAAAAACAAAGUCUAAUACCACGAAGGGCAGUGUGGAUAUUCAGCUACAAGCGUUUAGAAAGAAGAUGGGUGGAGACGUGCCCAAAAUGUCAAAGAAAACACAAGGGAAGAAACGCCGAAGAGAGUCAACGGAGCCGGUUAGUGACGAGAAUGUGGUUCAAGAGUCAGAGAGUGCCCACGACGAGGAAGAAUACAGCGAGAAAUCGGAUGAGGAAGAGGUUGCAGAGAUAUCAAGUAGCUUGUCCAAGUUUACCAAUACAAAGCGGGCCAAGGCAACACCCACCUCUAAAACCGAAGCCCCAACUAACAAGGUCACUACAAGUACGGCCGGAAAAGGGAAGGGCCGGAAAAAAGCUGAUGAGAUCGGACCGGCUGGGUUGAAGUAUACACCACUGGAAAAACAGGCGAGCACACCGUUCCAUGUGCAGAUUCUUGCGUUGAAGAAACAACAUGAGGACGCAAUCCUGUUAUUUGAAGUUGGUUAUAAGUUCCGAUUUUUUGGAGAGGAUGCACGUGUUGCUUCGAGAGAACUGGGUAUCGCUUGUUUUAUGGACAAAAACUUCUUGACUGCUUCAAUCCCGGUACACCGGAGAGAUGUGCAUGUCAAAAAGGCUAUAAGGCAGGUUGGUAUUAUAGGUCAAAUGGAAACGGCAGCCUUGAAAAAAGCAGGGGAUAACCGCAGUGCUCCAUUCGAUCGUCAAUUAACUCAUUUGUAUACAGCCGCUACAUUUGUUGACGAGAUUGGAUCAACGGACAACGACGACGUAUUUGCUGGCGGAGCCGCGCCACCCAUUGCUUGCAUAGUCGAGGAACUCCGAGGCGGGAUGGGAGCCGAUGAUUUGGUACACUUCUCAUUUGUCGCGGUUACUCCGGCUACCGGCGAUAUUGUAUACGAUACAUUUGAUGAUACAUAUAUGCGCUCUGAGAUCGAGGUUGUGAUUGCAUUGGCACGUUUAAUGAAACACCUCGAAUCAUUUCAACUGUCGGAGGUAUUCUUGAAGACCGAAUUUUUCACGUCCUUUAUGAAUCGAUCACACAUGCUUGUAUCUGGCAAUUCUUUACAUAACUUAGAAAUAUUCCGAAAUCAAACAGACUUCACAGAGACGGGUUCACUUGUCUGGGUGCUGAACAAAACGAAGACCAAGUUUGGCUCCCGUAUGUUAAGGUCUUGGAUUGGGCGUCCUUUGGUAGACAAAGAUAUCCUUCAAGGGCGCGUGGAUGCUGUAGAAGAGAUUUUAAACACCAAGGAACUCAAGAUAGAACGCUUGCAAUUACUACUGAAGGGACUUCCAGAUCUUGUGAAAGGACUCUGCCGUGUUCAGUACAAGAAAGCGACGCCACCAGAGCUCGCUACAAUGCUCACCGCCUGGCAGCGUAUUGCCACUGUACUCGACCCGAUCGCUGCACCAGAAGACGCUGGCUUCAAAUCCGAGCUCUUAAACGGUAUUGCUUAUUCACUCCCGACUUUGAGGGAACCUCUGGCUACGAUUAUGCGUGAAAUCAAUCUUCCUCAGGCUCGAGACAACAACAAGGCGGACCUGUGGGUUGAUUCUGAGAAGUAUCCAGGGAUCGAGGAGGCUAAAUUUGGGAUUCUUUCAGUCGAGAGUGAACUCGAAGACCACCUCCAAGAGAUCAGGCAAAUUUUGAAGAAACCCAAUGCACAAUACAUUUCGGUAUCUGGAAUUGAUUUCUUGAUAGAGGUACGGAAUGGGGAUACCAAGAAAGUGCCUGUCUCCUGGCAGCGAAUCAACUCGACCAAAGCUGUCACAAGGUUUCAUACACCUCAAGUCAAAGCAAAGCUACACGAACGCGAGUUUUUAAGGAAACAUUGGCAUCAGAAGCAAAUAAGGUAA